UUAUCCAAUUUAAAUUAUAAAUAAAUCAUACAUAACUUUUUAUCCACUUUCUUUUCAAAUUUGAAUCUUUAUUGCAAUAACAUUUGUUUAUCAUUAAAUUUUUAUAUAUAAGAUGUGUGGUAUAUUAUUUCGAUUACAAUUAAAAAAAUCCUUCACAAAUGAUUCAUUUCACAAGGAAUUGUGGAAUCAAUUGAUGAUUCUAAAUAAUCAGCGUGGACCGGACAGUCAAGGGGAAUUGUUUAAAUCAAUCCAAUCACAGUCUUCCUCUUUAUAUACGGUCUAUUUAACAUUUUUUGGCGCAGUUUUACAUUUACGAGGGCCUUCUAUUGUUAAGCAACCUUUAACUGAUAACGAUGAAGAAGACGUGUUACUAUGGAACGGAGAGAUAUUUAAUGGAGUUGAGAUUCCUCCCGGAGAAAACGAUACAAAAUAUCUCUUCGCUGCUUUGAAAAUGAGCCAUAAUAUUGAGAAUGAUAAUGAAGAAAAGAAUAGAAUACUUCAUAUCCUUCAAAGUAUUGAGGGACCGUAUGCAAUUAUAUACUGGCAGAGCUCAAAACGUAGAUUAUGGUUUGGACGAGAUUGUUUAGGGAGACGAUCUUUACUUUGGAAUUUACAUUCUGAGGAAGACAAUUUUAUUUUAACAUCUGUGGGGUGUAAAAUUUCACAAAUGUCAAAAUCACCUUAUUUUGCCGAAGUCUCAGCCAAUGGCAUAUUCUAUUUAGAUUUGGAUAAAAUGUUGUCAUCGACCUCAUGGGAACCAUUUAAUAAUUUCUUGGUACAUUACAAAUGGCAUGGAGGAAAUAGUCCAUUUAAUAAUGAUUCAUCAUUUAUACUGACUUUGCCUUUUGGUAAAGUAAAUGACACUCUUCCAAAUCCCGAAGAUUUACCCCAGUUACCAGCUUCAUCAGAUUUAUCAAAUUCUUAUAUUCCAGCCAUAUCACUUAAAAUUCAAGAUGCUAUAGAUAGGCUAAUUGAAGAAUUAGGAGAUUCUGUAAGACGACGUAUUAUAGAUAUUCCACGUGUAGGAUCAAUACAAGAUGCUAGAGUAGCUAUUAUGUUUUCUGGAGGAUUAGAUUGUAUUUGUCUUGCUGCUUUAGCAGAUAGAUAUAUUCCAAAAGAAGAAGCAAUAGAUCUACUAAAUGUAGGAUUUGAAAAUCCUAGAAUUCAGCAAAUAAAAAAGAAUAAAAAGACAAAUAUUUCUUAUAAAGAUAAUUCUAUUUAUGACGUUCCAGAUAGAUUAACCGGAAGACAAGGAGUUGAAGAAUUAAGAAAAAUAGCUCCUAAUCGUAAAUGGAAUUUUGUGGAAGUGAAUGUUCCAUUUGAAGAGGCUUGCACCUUUAAACCUAAAAUAAUAGAAUUAAUGGCACCAUCAGAUACAAUCAUGGAUUUGAGUAUAGCAAUGGCUUUUUGGUUUGCAGUUCGUGGAAAGGGUCAAGUUACUAGUUUAGAUGAUUCGGAGAUAAUGAUUGAUUAUGAAAGUAAAGCUAGAGUUAUACUUGUUGGAGUAGGAGCUGAUGAGUUAUUAGGAGGAUAUUCAAGACAUCGUGAAGCAUUUAAACAACAUGGAUGGAAAAAGUUAAUUGAAGAGAUUCAAUUAGAUGUUGAUAGGAUUUCAACUAGGAAUUUAGGUCGUGAUGAUAGGAUAAUAUCAUCUCAUUCUAAGGAAUCAAGGUUCCCUUAUCUUGCAUCAAAUGUUGUAUCCUUUUUGUGUUCAUUACCUAUGUAUAUUAAAGCAGAUAUGAGAUAUGAAAGAGGGAUUGGGGAAAAGCUUUUACUACGCCAUGUAGCAAGACAAUUGGGACUAUUUAAUGCAAGUUUUUUAUGGAAAAGAGCUAUACAAUUUGGAGCAAAAACAGCAAAGAUGACUAAUGAGAAUAAUAAAGAAAAAGGAGAUAUGAGAGUUAUCUGAAAUAUAAAGAAAUUAAAUAUAAGGUUAUUAGUUUUUAAAUGUUAUUUUAUAAUUAUAACCAUAAAUGAUUAUUAUAUAAUCAGUCACAAACUCAUCAUUACAUAUACAAAUAUGCUGUGUACAUGUAUUAUUACGGUUUAAUUACAAAAUAUUUUGCAAAUCAACCGGUCAAAUUAUACAACGGAGGAAAAGAAUUGCCAAUUUUGUAUUUUUGUUUUGUAUAUAAAUAGGUUGAUAAUCAUAAUAAGAUUUUUUUACUAUAAUAUAAUUAAUAAUAAAUUUAUACUUACAUGCUAUUAGUAUAAUUGAUU